CCAUGCGUGACGCUGAAUGCUCGCGACAGUGUUUUGUUUCCAUGGAGCCCACAGAAGCUAAAAGCUCGAGUGUGCGGAUUAGCUAACAGCUAGUAAGCUGGUAUCUUUUGUGGUGUCGCAGCUUGCAAGAUGUCGGGACGAGAAAAAUGCGAUAACCUCGAGACUCUGUUUUCAUUUGAGCUCUUGGUGGAGUGUAUUAGAAUCGAGAAAGGAAGUAAAGUGUCCGACGAGCUGGCUGUCGGCGUGCGGCUGCUGGAUUUUCCAACGCUGCUCAUUUAUCAGCCUCAGCAGGACAGUGAAAGCACCAGCCAACAAGGACCAGAUGGGAGGAAUCAGCAAAGGGAAUACACCUUUAACAGGGGCAAGUCCUGCUUCUUCAAAAUGAACCUGAGCUCACUGCACACCCAGCUAUCUAACAGCCCUCUCUACGCCAUGGUACUGGAUGUGAAAGAAGAAAUUCCCAAAUUAGUUGGGACGUCACUUGUGUCCCUGGCUACAGCGAUGGGCAGGAUCAGGCAGGAUGUGACUGAGCGUGGCGCCUCUGCUUCCUCGUCUCAUGGUGAAAGAGGCCUCGUUGUUUUGAGCAACCUCAUGGGGGACAGAAUUGGAUCCAUUUCACUGAGUUACAAGCUGCUGAGUCUGGGAGUAAAUUUACUACCACAUAUCACAGACAGCAGGGGUCUUAAAGGCACCAGUGUACACAAAGAACAACAUGUACAAGAAAACAUAAUCACAGAGUUAUCGUCUCCUCGCUGUGGGGAUGUCAGCGCACCCACACAGGACAAGUCUGAUGUUGGCAUCCAAAACAACAAACCAUCGAAUGAUGGUACCUUGAUGAAUGAGGAUGAACGGGAAAAUGGUGUUUGUGUCGACUUGCAGGCUGAACAGAAGCCAACGAGCCGAAGACAUCGGCCACUCAAAGAAGCUGAAAACAGUUUUGAAGAAGAUGUGACUACAUUCUGUCCGCCGCAUCUCUUCUACAGUAAUUCUGCAGAAGAAAGACGCAAAGAUGAGGGAGGGGAGUGCAAAUUACUCAAUCUAGACUCUGAGGCUCAUUUUACAUUUCAUUUUGAAGACACGUACUCAGAGGAGGAGUUUGAAAACGAAACUGAAGAUACAAGUUCUCCAACGAUCCUCCAGAGAGGAAGGCAUGAUGUGAACACGCCAAGAAACCGAGAAGCAAGUGGGCCGAAUCCAAACGUCCUCGGGGAAGCUUUGCAACAGUUGCCUCUACUGAAUGCUCUUCUUGUUGAGCUGUCACAGUUGAAUCACCCGAACCCACAACAGCCGUUGUCUAUUCAUCCCAACCUAGCUUGGAUUUACAGGCCUGCUUCCACAGAGCAUUCAGCACAAAAGGCAGAAACUAAAUCAUUGCAGAAAACCAGACAGGGGACUAACCGUUUGCAUCCCCCUAGAAACUGUUCGACACCAGUAAUUAGGCCUGCAUCUGCGAAAGUGAAAGGCAAACAAGAGGAGACGAGUAGAGGCCCCAGAACGUCUGCGAGGAAGAAGCUUGUAUAUGGAACAACUAAAACAUUUAAUCUAAGGCUAAAGCAAGUAUCUCCACUUCGAGUGAAACGUCGAGAGUGCAUGGAUUUAAUAGACAAUGAAACGCAGUCAAGUAUGGCCAAAGACAGGACAAAGGCAAGUAAUAAGAUCACAAAGUCGAGCAGAAGAAAAACGGCAUUAAACCAGAGCUCCAGUCUAAAUGAAAAUGUUGAGACAAUGAUCCAAGGCAUCACAGUGGAUUCUGCACUACAAGGAACAAUCACACUAAAACAGAAAAACCUGCAUGGGAGGGUUAAUGGUGAACAAGACAGACACUCCUCAAGAAUGUCAGAGAAAUCUUCCCUUUCUGAAAGAAGCUUGAAGUGUGUUCACAUCCCCUGUGUGGAUGUCCCCCCAAACAAAGACGAGAACAAGCAUCACGGUGAAUCAAGUCAAUCACAGUCUGAAUCUGACAGGCACACAGACAAAAUUGAAUCUUCAAGAAGCAGCAGAAACAGCAGCCCCAAAUCAUACUUUUCAGACUCCAGUGGGGAAGAAAACGAGGAGGCAGACUACGCUGAUGACUUUAACAGUCUCGAACCCAGCGAUGCCUACUCUCCUGACCCCACGAGUAGCCCCAAGCCCUCCAGAGCCAAGACUCCGAGGUCUCCCGUCCGCCUCGACUUGGACGACUCUGAAUCUGGCUUCCAAAGUCAGUUCCAGAGGAGAGGCGUCGUCCCUGUGCCCGUCAAGGCCCCCAGCUCUCCUCAGCGUGCUCUGAGGGGCACGCACGUCAUCAGACCUCGGACCCACGUCUCAGCCCUCAGCUUUUCCUCCGAUGAUGCUGCUUCCUCGCAAACUACAUGCUCAAGAAAACAGAUGCCAGAGGGUGGUGGAGUGGAGAGGAGCUCUGGCGCUGACAGCUUUAUAUCAUCCAGAGGUCAAAGGAGCGAGUCGACCAGGAACAGCGGCCCAGUUCGAGGAUUUUCUGCAGAUUCGAUAUCGUCCUUUGAACCGCAGGAGGCAGAAGAACUGGAGGAUGAGCUCAGGCCUUUGGAUUUCAGAAAGGAGUAUCAGCAUAUCUCCAAGCUGGUGGCCAACAAACUCCCUGGUUACACUAUGUAGAAUAUAGUUCCACGCUAUGGUAACAUCAGUUCUACACUAUUUCCCUUAACAGAGUGAAAUGGAUGAAUAGUAGUAUUACACUGUACAUAUGGAGCAAAUGCAUAUAUUUUAAUGCAAUUGCAAAAGUGUUUCUUUCAGUGAUGAAUAAAGUCAAGCUUUCUAUGGAAAUUA